AUGCGUUCCUUGUCGUUCCCACCGGCGCUGGCCGCCCUGAUUGCGUGCUAUGUCCCGUUCUUGGCACUGUUGAGCGAAUUCGUAGCAGCCUCUCCGUACACGCCAGGAGUUCGCCGAGCAACGACCUGUAACGGUAGCCCAGACUUGUGUGCCCGGUCGUUUGGGAAUGUCACCUUCGUCGGCACUCACGACUCCUAUGCCGUGGGCGUUAAUAACCUGGCCGCCAACCAGGAUUAUAACAUUUCUCAACAGUUGAAAGAUGGUAUUCGGAUGCUCCAGGUACAGGCACACAAUCAAAGUGGUACCAUCGAGCUUUGCCACACUUCCUGUCUUUUGUAUGAUGGUGGUCCACUUUCGGCGUACCUCCAAACAGUGAAAUCUUGGCUAGACGCCAACCCCAACGAUGUGCUUUCGAUUCUUGUUGUUAAUUCCGACGGUUUCCCGCCAACCGCCUAUGACAGUCUCUACAAGUCUGCUGGGCUUGACACUGUGUCAUACUCACCCCCAUCAGCAUCGAUGCCCGCCAGUCAGUGGCCUACCUUAGGCACUCUCAUUGACUCUGGGACACGCCUCAUUACCUUUAUGGAUACAAAUGCGGAUUUCGCCAGCGUUCCUUACAUCAUCAGUGAAUUCACCAACAUCUGGGAAACUCCUUACGACGUUACCACGACAUUUGAUUGCAGUGUCAACCGUACUGGAGGGGAUCCAUCCACACAGAUGUACCUGAUAAAUCAUUUUCUUGAUCAGAUGCUCCUCGGGCAGCCCGUACCUGAUCCAGGGCAAGCGAAUGAGACCAACGCCGUCUCAGGUCCCAAUUCACUUGGUGCUCAGCUCGAGCUCUGUGUUAGUGAAUAUGGGAGGAACCCAAAUUUCAUGCUGGUAGACUUCUACGAGUAUGGUGGGGGCUCUGUCUUCGAGGUCGCCGCCGCCGCCAAUGGUGUAACGUAUAACCCAUCCACACCGAUUGCCACCCCUAUACCUCAGACCAACUCUUCGGGAUCUGGUGGAUCAAAUUCAAGUGCCAAUAGUGCACCACUUUCUGGUUUUGGACCGGGGACGGUGGGGCUUCUCAUAUCUGGUGUCGUCUUGGGUAAUGGCUACAUACUUUGGUAA